UUCACAUCUAUUUUUGUGCAACCCUCUUUUCUAAAGCUAGCUUCUCUCUAACAAUGGAAACACAUCUCAACAUAGAGAAGAGUGCUUCUCAAGUUACCUUAACCUCCUCCGCUAUCUUCGCCGUAUCAUCUUCCUCCUCCUCCUCUUCCACCGCCUCAUUGUCCUCACCUACAACAUCUUCCUCUUCUUCAUCAAUAACUUUGAAUUUCUCUGAGGAUACCAACUCUAAAAGAAAAGCAUCUCGAAGAUCAUUACCCGUUCUAGAAGAUGAUGAAAACGUCGUGAAACAGCGAAAGACCAGCGGCGGAGAUAAGCAUCCGACGUAUAGAGGAGUGCGGAUGAGGAGUUGGGGCAAAUGGGUGUCUGAGAUCAGAGAGCCGAGGAAGAAAUCAAGAAUCUGGCUCGGAACUUAUCCAACGGCUGAUAUGGCUGCUCGAGCUCAUGAUGUGGCGGCUUUAGCCAUUAAAGGUACAGCGGCUUAUCUUAAUUUUCCUGAAUUAUCCGGCGAGCUUCCUCGUCCGGUCACGAACUCUCCUAAAGAUAUUCAAGCCGCUGCCACAGCCGCCGCCGUAAAUUGGCAAGACUCCGAUGUAGCUGCAUUAGAAGAAGCCGAACCGAGUCGAGAAGUGAUGGCUCAGUCUUUGUCAGGUAGUGUGGUGUUUUCUUCGGACAUUACAACUCGAGAGAUGUCGGAAACUUCGUGUGCGGACAAAGAGAGCGACGAAGAGAAGUUGUUUGAUUUGCCGGAUUUGUUUAAUGAUGAGAUGAUGAUACGAGACGAUGCGUUUUGUUAUUACUCGUCCACAUGGCAGCUUUGUGGAGCUGAUGUUGAUGAGCCGAGUUACUUUUUCAAUGACCUAAAUCACACUCCAGCUCACUCUUUAACACCUAAUUAAUUUAUCCUGCUUUUUCAUUUCACUAUUUACGUUUGUUUUUCUUGUUUAUUUUUUUCUUUCAAAUUGAGUAUCAGUGAUUUUUUUUUUGGUAAAGAAAUGGGUUCAUUUUGAUUUGUUUAGCAAAAUGUGUUUGAUGAAUAUUUUUGUAAUAUAA